AUCGGUGGAGAGGGGACGCGUUCGCGCGUUUUUUUAUCGAUUUCUCGCAACUGUGUUCAGAGUGUUAUUUUGAUGUUUUUUAACGGAAAACGUGACAAAUAAUACUAUGUCACAUCAAUAAACCGUUUACGUUACGCGUGUUCUCGUGGUUUCAUUUAUAUUGUAUGUUAAACUUUAAUUCUGUGCUCGACUGAAAACAUCGUUUUUGCUAUUGUAAUGGAAUUGAUUUUGGAAUUAAAAUGAGUGUCUCGAAAAAAUGAAACCAGAGGGGAGACAUUGAAAUCACGAAAAACACGAACGAACGAUAAUGUGUUCACACUAACAAAACUGAACGCAUCCAAAAUAGAGCGAGAGAGACAUAGCGAGACAGAGCUGCGUCCCAAAAUAGUGCGUUCAAAAAUAGAAAAAAAAUGUCUAGCUCCCAAUCAGUAACCGAGGCAGAGGCGGCGGGGUCGGACGCCGCGCUCUGGUGGGAAGCACCAUGGAAAGCUAUGGCCGACCUUGCAGAGGCAGUUGACGAUCUUAUAUGCAGCUUCGAUUACAUGGACACAGCCAUGGACAACCUAGUCAUGUUGAUAUUCAUAUGGAUCCUGUUCGCGAUCGUCCUGCUCGGCAUCGCGAAAUGGGCGUACUCGCGGUUCGCGAACAAAGUUGUCGAGGCGGACACGAAAGCGAAACCAGUAGAGGAAACGAAAAAAACAACGAACGAAAUUAUAAACAGUGCUGACAGUGUGUUGGCGACUAGUGCUAAAGUUAAGAGUGCUUCGUUUAAUAAGCCCAGUAGGCCGACUGGGUUCGUGCCCGCGACGCCGCCGAACAAGCGCAGGCUGGGCCGCAUGUCACCCGGCCCAGAACAGCUGACUUUAAAAAAGCACCAGAGCGUCCUGGUACCAACGUGCACGGGACCCGACCCGCCGAGUGUGCAAUGGGUGAACGACCUGUUGACGUGGUUAUAUAAUGAUCUAGUUAUCGUGAAUGAGCUCGUGCAGCAAUGGAUUGUGUCCAUGAACGAGUUCUCCAAGAGAUCGGUUGAAGAGCAAGGCAUUGGUGUGGAGCUGGUGCGAGCGCUGGACUGCCACCCCCCGAGCGUCUCCAAUGUCUUCUGCGAGUGUGACUCCAAGGAUGACGUCACAAUCACCUGUGACUGCGAGGCGACUCCCGCCUUCCAGCUGAAGGCAUUCAGUCAGAGAGGAGAGAAGGUGGAAGUAUCACAUUACAGAGUCAAUGUCAACAGAUUCCGCGCCCGUUUGAACGUGGUGUGCGUGACGGACAAGUUGACGGGCGAGUUGAAGUGUGACGGCUGGCCGGAGGUGAAGGUGGCGCUGGCUCCCGUCGGCGCGCUGCGACCGAACACCACCGAGAGCAACCUGCAACAGCUUAUUAGCGACAUAGUAGUGAACGCUCUCCGCAGCACGAGCCUGCAGUUCAACCUGUCGCAGUACCCGACGUGCCCGCGGCUGCGGCGCUACGUGGAGCCCGCCGCGCCGCGUCUGCCGCUUCACUAUGACUCUAUGUUACAGCAAGACCGCCAGAUGUACACGUCCACACCCAACUCGAUGGCAGGCGCCACGCUACUUGGGGACAAGAGGCUGCUAGUCAAACUCGUCUGCGCUAAGGACUUGGGAGGUAAGACCGGCUGUAUAGCUCCGUACUGCGUUGUUGAGAUGGACGAGCCGCCGCAGAAGAAUCAGACCGCCUUCAAGAAGGACACCACCAACCCUCAGUGGGAGGAACACUUCCUAUUCGACCUGUCCCCGCAGACGGCGGAGCUGCUGUUCGAGGUGUACGACCGCACCGGCCCGCCCUCGCCCGGCGGCGCCGCCACGCACAGAUUCCUCGGCCUGGGUCUGGUGGGCAUCGACGAGUUGCUGGCGGCUCCCUCCCAGCGCCAGCAGAUCGCGCUGCAGACCAGGCCCAUGGAGGACCAUGACGUCAGCGGGACCCUCACUGUGGAGUUCCUGUUCAUCGAAGGCGCGGACAUCCCGGACCUGGGCUCCCGCCCCGUCAAGAUCAAGGAGAGUCUCCGCACCGUGUCCCCACACGGACACCUCACCACCACCACCAAGACCAUCUUCAAACAGAACGGGAAUGGAAUAGGUCACGACAACUCCCAGCUGACCGAGUCAGCAUUACGCGAGCUGGAGCUGAGCCCCACGAACGCGGCCAACAAGUCCACGCUCAUCAUACACUCCGUACAGAGGGAACCGAAGAAAUCCAUAAAGGUCGAAUUAACCAACUCGGGGAAAUUCAUUGAAGUGGAGAGGGCUGAGAAUGAGAUAGAAACAACUGGAAACGGUAAAAUUGAGUGCGAGAGCGAGACAGAAAAGUCUGUGACGGUCACGCCUAACGCGUCGCCCGGGAAAACUGUACGGAUUAAAGAGAAUGGCGCGAAAGCGAACGGAGAUGCCGAGGUGCAGGGCGACUACGUGCAGCAGGACAACGCGGCGCCGGAGCCCGCGCCGCGCAAGCGGAGGAGGGACUUCUUUGGAACUAUUAAGAGAAGACUGGGUCGGUCCCGCACCCGCGGCGCGUCGCUGGAGCUCACGGACUCGGAGCUGGACGCGCAGAGCCGCGUGCGCAGCAUCAGCGCCGAGAGGAACGCGCACGACAAAGCGCUAUCGGUACCCAACAGGAACGUGUACUCGGCGGGGGCGUCGCCGGCCCAGUCCGGCGAUGAAUCCCGGACCUCCCGCAGGUCAUCUCUCAGUGAAAUGUCCGGGUUCAGUACCGCCUCGGCGAGGACGUUCAUCCACGAGGCCUCGACCCUGGUGCUGGAGACCAUCGAGGCCGGCAUCAAGAAGCACUACUUGGUGCCCCUGACCAUCGCGCAGAGGUCGAGAUGGCGGCGGAAGGGAAUUAAACUACAUAUUUAUAAUGAGCACACUUUUAUUGCUAAGCAUCUCAGCGGUGGAACGGUAUGCGAAGUAUGCAACAAGACGAUAGCGCGGCGGCUCGGCAAGCAGGGCUACGAGUGUCGCGACUGCGUCUUGCGCUGUCACAAGCACUGCCACGUCAAGGUGCAGGGCAGCUGUCCCAGCUCCACCGUGCACAAUAUGGAGCUAAGAGGUGUUACUUUGGCUGAAGUUAUCAGGAAUAAUAAUGCAUAAGAAAUAAUUCCAAAUAGAGUUACAUCGCAUCUCCGUAUACAGACAAGAACAUUAGGAUGCUGUGAGUGUUUACAAAGCAAGCUUGCGACAUGCACAAAGCAUCGUUUUCAAAAAAAUCUACUUAAAUUAUUAUAAAGUUUCUAAGUACAACACUUAUGUACCCUGCUGAUAUACAAUAUAUAAGCUUUUUUUACAUAUAUUUAUAUGAAAUGAAGUUUAAAAAUUAGUGUUUAAGUGAAUCGUAGGAUUUCUAAGCGUCGCUGACUAUUUAAAAUCUUUGACAUGUAACCGCUUUGACACAUUGGGAACUGUUUCACUCAGACGAAGAAAGAAAAAUAAGGCUUGGUGAUUUGUCACAAACAUUGGCAACAUUGGCCCAUUACGACGUCCAAUCGGAUUAAGGAAAUCUUUAAUCAAUUCUUGGGUGAAUAGUUUUGCCAAUGUUUGCCCAAAUAUGCCAAGCCCGGUUUAUGGUUAAUACCGAUUAGUCUGAUAUUCAAAGUAAAGUGGCCUAAAUGAACUGCCGUCUGAGUGAAACAAUAUCCCUUGAUAUUAAAACCUUAGAAUUAGUUUAGGUAUCGCUAGAGCCCACCAUCGAAGCCAAUAUUUCGAAGCAAAAUAUUAGAUUUCAUUAACACAUGACCCGUGACGUCAGCAACACGAGAAUUACACACAAAAUUUUCUACCUCAUAUCUUCAAAGUUACAACAGUAUAAAGGAAUAUUAUAGUUACCAUUAUAUCUCUUUGUUUUUUAUUUUUAUUGUUGGAAACACUAAAUGUUUAUUUUAAAUGAAAUUUUUUAUAACACGAAAUAUUUAUUUUUAGUUUUAAACGUGCUUUUUCGCACAAAAAUGUGAUCUGUAAUCGUCGAAUGUGCAAUAAGUCUAAUAUUUAAUGAACACGCUUAGAGCUUUCAAAUUUAUACCUUACUAUCUUAGAAAUUAAAAUUUGGCCAUAACUUGACAGUGACCACCUACAAGUUUAUUGAAGUUUACACUGGAGAUUUAGUUAAAUCCAAAAACCACAUAAUUAAUAACGACACUACAACAACAUUUUCGCAUUAUCCACCUUUUGAAUCCCAAUCUUAAAGUCAUAUGGACUAAAUCUCCAGCGUCAGACAAUUUUCGUCAUUAUUUAAGAACGCGUAUCGUUAAUUUUUGUUUAAUUAGAGUGACUGACACUAUAAUGUUAUUGCUACAAAUAUUUUGUGCCUUAAUAUCCCUCCUGCAGGCUUAGGCGUAACUAUAAGCCUAGGUUCGGAGGUUUGGUACUAAAUAUAUAAACUGUGACUUAACUAUCGCACGACAAAUCACCAACGACACUUAGUCAAAAGACUUUAAAUGUUUAUUCUGUCUUUAUCACUCUCAAUUGGAAUGUAAGGACAAAUAGACAGGUAAAAAUGUGGACAACUGUUAUUUGUAAAACUGGUUAAGUUUUUUGAUGUUUAUUUUGUAUUCAUUGCUCAUUUUGACCUUUUAAUUUAAGUAUGCAAUGGAUACCGAAUAAGUGUCAAACCAGCUGUCGUAGUUAAGUCACACCAUCUUUGAAUGUACUAAAUGUGUUAGUCGAUUUUACUGCCAGUGCGUGCCUAAAUACAUGUUAUUUUAAACGACAAUUUUUAAAAGAUUUUUGACGGUCCUAAUGACGAAUAUACAUUUUAGUUUGUAAUUAUAUGUGUACUAGUCGAUUUUCUGAUAGUGUUGUUCUCCGAGU